AUGACGUCCGACCCAGUAGCUCUCGACACCGCAUAUUCGCUCUCACUUCUCCAGGAAUACACCCAUACACUCGAUACCAUCCCCCUCGACCUCUCUCGCCAUUAUGCAGACCUUCGCGAGCUCGACGCCGUCCUCUCUGCCUCUAUGGCUGCCAUCACUGCCAAGAUCAACAAUCUCAUCCAUGCUAUAGAGCACAAUACACUCCAGAAGAACGAACGGCUCUACCUCCUCGCCGAAAUCUCUGAAGAAGCGAGCCGACUCAAGCUCGGCGGCGAGGACAAGAUACGCGUCGCCGGCCAGGCCGCGGACGUGUUGACCUCGCACUCACAACACCUCACGACGCUUCUGCACCAUAUGCCUCAACUCGAUACGUCCAUUCUUCCCAGACGGACGAUAUAUCCCCAUGUUGCGCCAAGGUCAUAUGCACCCGUCGCGACCAACGAGACGGGCAGGCGGAGGAGAGGCGCGCUGUUGACUGGUAAUAUGGACCAGGCUACACCCGCCCAGAAGAGGAAGAGGGCCGCCAAAGACGAUGACUACGACGCUCCCAAUGCCCGCUCUCCACGCAAGGCGGCAGCCACUGAUGCAGGUCCCUCGGCAAGGCCUAAGAACGGAAAUCGUGGAGGUAGAAGAAACGACCGCGCUGCAUCCCCCGCAGAAACUGCUUUGUCUGUCACCUCCCCACAUCCUCAAGCCGUCGCAGCUCGCGCAAAUCCGCGCGGCGGCGGCGCCAACAAGCGCAAUCGCGCAGGCCCAGCCGCCACCCCUGUCAUCGACCCCAUACCGGCACAAGUACACACGCCCACUCAUUAUGGCAAUGGUGCCCAACAACUCAAUGGACCAAGCUGGUCUGGCCCCAUGCAUCCUCAGCUCGAAGGUCCCGGGAUGCCAGUGGCUCGAAACGUCGCUGCUCCUGUAACCAACCUCAUCGGUCCGGGCGUCGACCCUGCUGCAGGUGCGACUGCUGCAAAUACAGCGGCUGACGGGGACGGCGAUAUAGAAGGAGACGUAGCCGAUGACAAGUUAUACUGCUGGUGCAAUACAACUAGCUUUGGUGUUAUGGUGGCCUGCGAUGAUAGGACUUGUCCUAAGGAAUGGUUCCAUAUCACAUGUUUGCCCGAUCUCGAAACCGUUCCCACGGGCGCCUGGUUCUGCGACCACUGCAAAGAGAAACCAAAGAACAAGCGCAUCCUCGCAAAGGCUGCCGCUGCAGAUGCGAAGAAGGCUGCGGCUGCGGCUGCAAAGGCUGCUAAUAAGGCUGCCGCUGAGGGUGCAGCUGGGAAUUAGCGUCAGGGUAGAUGGGCUCAGGUUUUUUUGUCUUCCUUAUUUGGUCUAUAUCAUUUCGUCUUUGUGCUUUCGUUUCUAUCUCGUUUAUUCUCCCUGUCUCAGCCAGCUUUCUUGGUUAUAUCUCUAGUAUGCUGUACUGUACCGGUUGUAUCACUCUACGGUCUCUUGUCGUCACACAACUCUCCUUCCAUCUGG